GUCAUGUGAUCAGCUGUGUCCAAUCACAGCAGGUCACAUGGCACUGAUGAUCAGUGUGCCCUGAUGAUCAGUGUAGCCCCAGCAGUGUCAACUAUCAGUGUCCAUCAAUGCCACCUGUCAUUACCCAUCAAUGCCACCUGCCAGUGCCCAUCAGUGCCACAUCAAUGCCACAUAUCAGUGCCUACCAGUGCACAUCAAUGCCACAUAUCAGUGCCCAUCUCAGCUGCCUUUCAGUGUCACCUAUCAGUGCCAGUCAGUGCCACCUAUCAAUGCCAGUCAGUGCCACUUAUCCGUACUGCCAAUCAGUGCUGCCUAUCAGUGCCAUAUAUGAGUGCUGCCUUUCAGUACCCAUCAGUGAUGCCUGUCAAUGCCCAUCAGUGCCACCUACCAGUGCCUCCUCAUCAAUGCCACCUAUCA